CCCUUUUCUGCAGCCUCCCUCCCCAGCCCCAUCGGAGGAAAUAUUACAAUGUUGCAAGCUGACGUAAGGACAUUACAAGGAAAGGGCUACAUUUCGGAGUGUUUAUGAAAAGCCUCGGUACAGUACUGUCACCAGGGGGCAUGCAAUAGAAUGCAUUUCGUCCAACAUUUGGAAUAAUGAUCAUUUAGCAACCACCACUACCACCACCACUUUAAAAAAAAGAAAGAAAGAAAGAAAAAGAAAGAAGGAAAAAGCCUCCAGUGCGCUUUGGAGCUCGCGCCAGGCAGAGGAGCCAUGCAGCCAAACUUUCGGGAACCCUUCCUUAUUUUUCUGACAUUGCAAGCUCGCCCUUGAGGAUCGCUUAUUGAAUUCUCCGGGUUUUGUUUUGCUUUUGCGAUUAUUUCCACCUCUGCCGCCGUCUCUGGGCCUUGCAGAUUUCCUGUCCUUUCGUCAAGCGGGAGAGAAUCAGGCAAGCUACCUAGCAGCGAGGAAGCCGCAGCAAGAAGCCCUGCCUGCUUUGCUUGCCUUCGCGCUCUCUCUCUCUCUCACACACACAGCUCGCUUGCCUUGGGAGUCCAGUGUUGUUUUGAAGGGAGCUAACAUGGCGACGGUGCCCGUCUAUUGCAUCUGUAGGCUGCCCUACGACGUAACCCGCUUCAUGAUCGAGUGCGACGCCUGCAAGGACUGGUUUCACGGCAGUUGUGUUGGCGUAGAAGAAGAGGAGGCACCAGAUAUUGACAUCUACCACUGUCCAAAUUGUGAGAAAACCCAUGGGAAAUCUACUUUGAAAAAGAAAAGAAAUUGGCACAAACACGACACCGGUCAAACUACAGAAGUCAAACCUGUACAGAAUGGGAGUCAAGUCUUUAUAAAGGAACUUCGAAGUCGGACAUUCCCCAGUGCUGAAGAUGUGGUAGUAAAAGUGACUGGAAGCCAACUAACAGUGGAAUACUUGGAAGAAAAUGGAUUCACAGAGCCUAUCCUCAUUCCCAAGAAAGAUGGCUUGGGCUUAUCUGUACCUGCACCAACGUUUUAUGUUAGUGAUGUUGAAAACUAUGUUGGACCAGAAAGGAGUGUUGAUGUCACUGAUGUCACCAAACAGAAGGACUGCAAAAUGAAGCUAAAGGAAUUUGUUGAUUACUAUUAUAGCACUAACAGAAAAAGAGUUCUCAAUGUAAUCAACUUGGAAUUUUCAGACACAAGAAUGUCCAGUUUUGUAGAGUCUCCUGAUAUCGUGAAAAAACUCUCUUGGGUGGAAAAUUAUUGGCCUGAUGAUGCUUUACUGGGAAAACCAAAAGUGACCAAAUACUGCCUGAUAUGUGUGAAGGACAGCUACACAGAUUUUCACAUAGACUCUGGUGGAGCCUCUGCCUGGUACCAUGUCCUGAAAGGAGAAAAAAUAUUUUAUCUCAUCAAGCCAACCUCUGCGAACAUUUCUCUGUAUGAACGCUGGCAGUCAGCAGCAAAUCACAGUGAGAUGUUUUUUGCCGACCAAGUGGAUAAAUGUUACAAAUGUACAGUUAAACAAGGACAAACACUUUUUAUCCCAACAGGAUGGAUUUAUGCAACCUUAACUCCUGUUGACUGCCUAGCCUUUGCAGGACAUUUUCUACAUAGCCUAAGUGUUGAAAUGCAGAUGAGAGCGUAUGAAGUUGAACGACGAUUAAAAAUUGUCAGCUUAACCCAAUUUCCCAACUUUGAAACAGCAUGUUGGUACACAGGAAAAUACCUGCUAGAAUCAUUUAAAGGAUUGCACAAAGCAGGAAAGCAGCCUCCUUCCCAUUUAGUCCAGGGAGCAAAAAUUCUCAACGGGGCUUUUAGGUCUUGGACUAAAAAGCAGGCUUUAGUUGACCAUGAAGAUGAACUCCCAGAAAAUUUUAAACCAGCACAACUUAUUAAGGAUCUUGCCAAAGAAAUAAGAUUAAGUGAGAAUGCUUUGAAAGUCAACAAACCUGAAGUGAGUGCCAAUGUGAAUGUUGAGGAAGUCAGCCCAGUGGAAAAAGAGGAAAUACCAUCACCGGCACCACGGACACCUCCGGCACCUCCACCACCACCAUCACCACCUCCACCACCACCACCAGUUGAAAAAGUCACUAAGAAAAAGACUCCAAAAGCAAUGAAAACUCCCAAGCCCUCCAAAUUAGCCAAACCCCCCAAGCCACCAAAACCCCCCAAGCCACCAAAACCCCCCAAGCCACCCAAAACACCCAAAGUCAAGGGGGAAGGGAAGAAAAAAGGCAAGAAAGCAAAAGAAGCUCCCCCACCAGCCAUUCCUAAUUUAGACCUUCUGGAGGCUCACACAAAAGAGGCCCUAACUAAGAUUGAAACACCAAAGAAGGGAAAGGUGGCAAAGAAUGCUUUGAGUACCCCUGAUAAAGAACCUGUUGAAAAGCAAAAUGAGGUGGAAAAAUUUGAAAUUCGAGAGCAGAAUAAGACCAAAACAGAAGCAAAAUGGAAAUAUAAGAACAGUAAACCUGAUUCAUUACUAAAAAUGGAAGAGGAACACAAAUUGGAGAAGACACCACUAUCAGGAAAUAAGGACAAUAAAUUUAUGUUUUCCUUCUCUAACAAGAAGCUACUGGGUUCAAAGGGAGUAAAAACUCCGCUGAAUCCUGGUGUCUUUGGAGCAUUGCAAAAUUUGAAAGAAGAUAAAACAAAACCUGUGAAGGAUGAAUAUGAAUAUGUCUCAGAUGAUGGAGAAUUGAAAAUUGAUGAAUUUCCAAUUAGAAGAAAGAAAAACACAACAAAACGAGAUUUGCCCUUUUUAUCAGAUAAAAAAGAAACUGUACAACACACACCAGUUAAGAAGCCAAAAGUGGAAUCAGUAUUGUACAAGAGUGAUGACUCAUCAGAUGAAGAUUCGCUUCACAUUGACACAGAUGCUAAGCCAGGGCGCAAUUCCAAAAUCAAGAAGGAGACUGGAAGUUCAGCAGGAAUUCUUGAUCUUUUACAGGCAAGCAAGGAAGUUGGGGGUUUAGAGUAUAACACCAACAGUCAGCCACCGGCAUCUCCCAGCACACAGGAGGCAAUCCAAGGAAUGCUGUCAAUGGCAAACCUCCAAUCAUCAGAUUCCUGCCUACAGCCUUCAUGGGGCACCAACCAAGCUAAGAAUAAUUCUAUCUCAGCCCCAAAUUCCAAAAAAACUGGAAGCAGCAACAACAAAAACACAAGCAAGAGGUUACUGAAGAAAAAUGCAAAAAACAACAUUGACAUUGAAGAUUAUGAUGAAGACCAGGAUCAUUUAGAUGCCUGCUUCAAAGAUUCUGAUUAUGUUUAUCCCUCCCUUGAAUCAGAUGAAGAUAAUCCAGUAUUCAAGUCCCGGUCAAAGAAAAGGAAAAGUUCUGACGAUGCCCCAUAUAGCCCAACAGCAAGAGUGGGCCCAUCAGUACCUCGGCAAGACAGACCUGUCCGUGAAGGUACAAGAGUUGCCUCUAUUGAAACAGGUCUGGCAGCAGCUGCUGCCAAGUUAUCUCAACAGGAGGAACAAAAGGGCAAGAAGAAAAAGAACACCAAAAAGAAAUUAUCACCCAGCAAUGCAAAUAAACUCCCUCAGGAAGGCAGCUCCCCUGAACCCAAGCUGGAGUCCCACACCAGUAGUCUAGCAGACCACGAAUAUACAGCUGGCGCAAGCACCUUUGGAGUUCCUCAAGUGAACAGAGGUUCUCAGCCCAUGGCUCCAGGAGUUUUCCUCACACAAAGGAGGCCCUCGUCAUCUUCACAGAAUAAUGCAGCUGCCAAAGGGAAACGUACAAAAAAAGGAAUGGCUACAGCUAAACAAAGGCUUGGGAAGAUUUUGAAAAUUCAUCGGAAUGGAAAACUUCUCCUCUAAAACCUGACCACAACUGGGACUCUAGCCAAGUUCAGAAUGUCCUGAGCUGACACUAACUCUUCAACUCUUGAAGGACUUCAGUAGUAUUGUGCAACAUCUUAGGGACAAUACCAGUUAACUUUUUGCCACCACUUUAAUAAAUUCUUUUUAACUUUCGGCAGUUAAAAAUGUACAGAAUACUGCUAUAAAUAUUUUUUAAUAUAGAUGUCCUUUCUCAAAUUGCUGAGAGUGACUAGUUCGCAAAAAGUUAAAACUCCAAGACACUGAGGAUCAUUCCAGUUUUAGGAAAGUAUCCCUUUAACUUGUUUAUAAGUGAAGAAAUGCAGAUGUUUUAACAGUAUGCACAUUAAUUUCAGUUACACUUCAUGUAUCAAAACUGUACCAGUUUUAAAGAGGUAUCUGGUUAAGCAGUAGGAGAUCUGAAUUUUUAAAAUUCUGCAAAUUUUGCUCAAAUUGACUUAUAGAGAGGGGAGGAGAUUUCUGCCAUUAGAAGUUGUUAUAAUACUUGCAAGAAAUAAUAAGAAUUAUGGAAAAGUUAGAAGAUUUUUAACCCAGAUCAUGAUACUUUUUUGGUCAACAGAAGAGUUGAAAUUGCACUUCAGCACUACUAAAGGCCUUUCCUAUAACCAGGAAACAUUGGACAACCAUGGGUGAAUGAAUUUAUUUUUAUGUGCAAUGCAAGGUGACUUCCAGAGUAUUUUGGAUCAGAAAGCCUGAUCCAUUUGGGUUACUGGUUUUUAUGUCUCUACAAAAAGGGGUUAAUCGAGUUUCUUGGAAAUCAGUGGGAGUUUGGCCAUUGACUUUGAUUGGUGUUGAAUUACAGCGCUUGUGUUUUGCCCUUCCCCAGUUUUUUAUUUGUAAAGCUUAUUUUUCCCCACACCUAUUAGUGUGCUGUUUAUGCUCAUUUCACAUGCUUUCAUCACUUCAUGUCAAUGUGUGAUAGGAGUAGCCUUGUCUGAACUUUUUUAAAAAAACAACCUCUUUGAUUAAAAAAGAAAAAAAGACCAAUAUCACAAACAGAGUCAUACAAUUGGGGACAUGUUACAAAACGAAUUGGCACCUCAGAGGUAAGAUGGGAAAACAUCGGCUGUGUUUAGGGAUUUUUUCACUGUCAGCCGUUCUAUCCAGGGCCUGUUUGCAUGCUGAGGGAAAUUGGAGGGUUUUUCUUUUCUUUUCCAAAUAUUCUAUUCGGGCUGGGCUUUUGGAAAUUUCAGAAGGCCCAAUAGGGCCAUUCCCUCAUCCCAACAUGUAGAGCAAGCCUGCUCAACUUCGGCCCUCCUGCAGAUGUUGGCCUACAAUCCCCAUAAUCCCUGGCUAUUGGCUGCUGUGGCUGAGAAUUAUGGGAGUUGUAGUCCAAAAACACCUGGGGGCCUAGGUUGAGCAGGCCUAAUGUAGAGGAAGCCAAUCCUGGGGCAAAUGCCCCAGGUAGUAUGGUGGUUGGAGGGGUGGUGAUUCUUUCAUUCCCGACCCAGCACUGGCACUUUGGAGGCUGGGUGGGUGCAGGAAAUGUUGGGGAGGGAUCCUUGGAGAAGGUGGCGAGACAUGCAGGGAACAAGCACAGGGAGGCCUGGGGAGUAUAGUUCCUUCCAGAGCUGUUCCCAUUCCCAAGGCAUCCCCAUGCAUUUUCCCAGCCUCCCCACACUCAUUCCCAGCUGGUCUCCCCACCCUCUUCAUGAAGCCUCCUGUCAUUCCCCACACCCACCCAGCUGUUCUGAACCAUCCAAAAGCCCCAUUCUCUACUCUGUGUUCAGGGUUAUUUUUUUGGAAUGACACCUCUUGGUUCCCAGGGUAGGAAAUUAGAUAUUAUUUUAGGGCUGAUUCAUAUGUGAAUUUGGAAGCAUUCUUCACUUCUGUGUGGCUGCCACACUGCCACACUAGUACUUUUUGAAACUGAACAGUCUGUAGGACCAACCAAUGCCAUUGUUCUUUCCCAACCCUGUGCUAUUGGCCCACAGGCGGAAGCUGCACUGGAAUGGGAAGAGUUGUGUUAUAGUGGCACUUGGAGCAUGUGCUUUGAUUACAGUGGCAGAUUAGAGCAUGUGCUUUGCAAGCAGAAGGUCCUGGGCUCCAUCCCUGCAUAUCCAAAGGCUGCCUUUCUGCUAGAGACCUUGGAAAACCAUUGCCAGUCAGAAUAGAUAGUACUGAGCUAAAUGGAACAAAGGUCUGACUCAGUAUAAAGCAGAUUCAUCUGUCAUUGCGCGUGGUCUCCCCAUCUCAAUUGGUUUCAGUGUGAUGUGGGGUAUGACACAGGGAAAUAGAUGGUAGAGACACCACUGAAGAAACAAAAAGAGGGAGCCCUCAGAUGUCUCCCGAGAUUCUUUUACUGAGCCCAAUGUGUUCUGGAUUGACAAAAACAUUAUUAAAAGGAUGCUAAAACCAAACCACUUCACAAUGCUCCACAAAUAGCAGCAGCAGAGGUUUAUGUUUGGCUUUAAUCUCUGUUUUAGAACGUGUUUGUUCCAAGGCCAGAAAGUACCCUUGAAAAAGGAUUUGUCUGUCUGAAAUGCAGGAAUUCAAUACGGGAAUUUGGUGAGGCAUCCUGGAGUUCCCUCUGAUGUGGGGUAUGACCCUGUUGCAAACAUAGAGGUCAUUCACACAGUCAAAAAAUGUGUUCUGCCCAGGUUUGGGAGCUGCGUGUGCUUCCGAUUUUCAGUUGUGUGGAAGCAAGGUAGAAGGAAAACCUGGGUAGCUUUUCCUCCGACUUUGCUUCCACACAAUCACUUCUACCCAUGUAUUCCUCCUGCCUUGCUUCCACACAACCGAAAAUUGGGAGCAUACACAACUCCCAAACCCAAGUAGAACAAAGUUUUUGAUUGUGUGAAUGGCCUCAUAAUAUGAGAUUUAACCCUUAGUUCAAUACCCCCCCUUCUUUCCCCCCACUGGUGUUACCAUCAGAUCAUGGUCAGCUGGCUGUGACUUUUGAACUCCAUUUGAACUCAUGACCACACUAUCCUGAGAUAAAACAGCAGAUUUGAUUAAUCUCUGGAUCACGUAAACCAAUCAGAGAUCUAAGUGAACGGAGAAGUUGUCUCAAGACAACUGAGAAUGUAACAAGCACUUGCCUUCCACCCCAUUCCCCAUCCCCUACUCCUUCUUUCUACUUUGGGCCAAUUAGUAGUUUGGGAGAAAAAGGGCCAGAGGGUAAGUGCUAAGAAAAUGUAACAUGUGGGCACAAGCUGUUUGAGUUUCUUUUAUGCCUGUGAACUGAUUUGAUAACAGAGACAUGAUGGUACAACAGUUAGUCUAAGCUAUGAUGCCAAGACAAGCAGUGAGAUGGAUCAACUGUGUCGUCAGUCAUGUCAGGGAUGUACACAAGGCUUUUGACAUUCAUAUCAAAGCACUUCCUAUCAGAUACACUUGUCUGGAGGAACGAGGGCUGCGUGCACCCAGGUGUUUGAUAAGAGGAAAGCCAAGCUUAUUGACAGUUUAACUGGAUACUUGUUGUCUUUUAACUCUCUUAGUGUUUGGUGUAGAGUGCAUUAUUUUACAUUAAACUUGCUUGUCUGCAUAUAAACACUUGAGGAGUUAAAUUUGUUUCUCAGGCAAUCCCAUAUUUUUCAUUUAUAGAUAUGUUUCCUAAAGCAUAUUUUUUCAUAGAAUGUAGCCUGUAAAUAGCUUUUUAAAUACCUUCUUUUUAUAAGAGCAAAGUAUCUUUAGACAUUUCUUUCUAUAGAGUACUUCAUUAACCUUUAUACAAGUUUUUUGCUAUUAUCAACUGUUGUAUUUUAGGUUCUUGAUUCUAAGAAAGGAAUUUUGUUUUGUGUCCUUGUCUUUUUGUUUUGUUAUAUUUCUUUAUUCUUCUUCUUAUUAUUAUUAUUAUUUUGGCAUUGCCUGAAAAACAAGUAAAAUGUUGUGCAGCCUUAUACAGAAUCAAAUAAUAGUACAAAUGAUCUAUUUAAGACACAUUCUGAAGAAUAAUCUUCAGCUUUAUAAUACCAGCUCCUUGUUUCAAUUCUUGUAUUAUGAGGGGAUACAAUUAUUUUAUUAGCACCUUGUGAAGUGUUUCUGUGUUUUGUGAUGAUGUAAUUUAUUAAUGUUUGUAGCUUUUUAUAUUUGUACAUUUCUUAUGAGCUUUGUUUAUAUACACAUUACCUGGAUGUGAUGUCCAUGAGGAAAAAAAAAACAGCUACAGAAAACAACGGAGGCCUUAUUAACUAACCUUUCAACGGUUAUGGUGGGGAGACUGGGUCGGAAUACUAGGAGUAAAAAAAGUUAGUUGAAUAGGGCCCCAGGUUUAUGCCGAGCAAGUUUUUUUAAGCUUCCCUAGUAUACUGUUCUUGUCAAGCAUUUAUAUAAUAUAAUGCAGACAUCAUGCUGUUUUAUUAUUAUUAUUAUUAUUGUUAUUAUUAUUAUUAUUAUUUUCGCAACAUGUACAUUUCUAACAAAGUUUAUUGUGGCUAUCUAUUACAGUGUUUUAUUUACCGAUUCAUAUCAAAUGCUCUUGUAUCAAGUCCAUGAAAUCUAAGUAAACUUAGAUCAAAAUUUUAAAAGUAAAAUAUUUCAGGUUUUGUAUAGAA